CUCGUCGAGCUCUCUCAGUACAUGCGCCGCAACAGAGGCCUCGCCCUCAUCGACACUCCGGCCAUUGGCGCCGCUGCUCUACCGUUGGGCACAGUUACCGCAGAGGAUGGCAGCAUCAUUGCGAGGAGGAGGAGCAUGCCAGACGAAUCUGCCUUUUCGACGGUUACGUCAAGCGUUGGGCCGAAAGCCAUGCCAACUCGGCCUGAAGCGUCCAUGUCAGUGUCAUGGCUGCACGUAUAACGAUGGCGGCGGCUGUUUUCCGGUGAAUAGGGUACAUGUGCAUAGCAUGAUUUGCUAGGGUUGGGCUUAUAUUGCUUUCCAGUUAUUAAUUUGUUUGUACAAAUCUUUCUUCUUUUUUUUGAUGCACGGUAGGGAUAUCAUUCAUGGGUACGGUUGGGAGGAAGGAGGAGGGAACAUGUCAUUUGAGUAGUACAAGUACAUGUACGGAGUCUGGAGCCUGUCGUGACACCCAACGACGGCAACACGGCGUUGAUUGAUGUUUUUAAUAACCAUCUUGUUCAUACUUUUAGCAGCAACUGAAUUAGUGCUGCUCCAGUUUACUCCAUUAUUACUAGGCUGUCGCUGUGGAUCCCGGAUCUCGCCACCCGAUCUGGCUGAUUUGAGCCAUCUAGGGCAAUAGAGAAUACGAGUACAGAUGAGCAGUAGAGAUGGCAAUUAAUGAGGUCGGGAUAAUAAACCGCCCUAUCAAGGGCCAUCAUACGCAC